AUGGGCUUCUUUCGAAGCUUAAAAAGUCUGGUAUCCCGGCCUUUCCAUAACCUAUCGAUCCAACAACGAAUCCUUCAGUUCUUUCGUUUGGGAACGUCGCUUUUGACCAUCGCUUUUGGUAUCGCCUACUUGAUUGCAUCCUCCGAUAUCGAAUCCACCUAUUUGGCACGUAUCAACUGUGCCCAUUUAGAUGUGGCGUUGGGUUUGUACAAGUCGUUAAGAAGCUCCAUUUCAUCCACAGGCACCUUAAAUCAGGACUUGUUGCCUGUUGACAACGAACUCACGGAUUCCGAAAUCCAUAUCCUCACACAAUACACAGAGAAACAGGUGGAGGACGCUGCCCAGUACAUUUUGCUUGGUGCUAAUGAAUUUUGCAUGAUCUCCUAUGACUAUGUCACCCACGUGAAGGGUAACAUCACGGAGGACUGCCAGUCGUACGACGGUAUCGGUAUCUUUGAUUACAGAGCUAUCAUGCUGGAGGCUGGCCUUGAUAUCAUUUUGGCUUACGCGUACGAGUCGAGUUACAAGAAGGACGAUGAAUACUCCCAUCGAUUAGAAGCGCGUAACAAGCGUUUUGGAGUUCUCAAGCCAGUCAUGAUAUUCCAGGUUUUGGCCCAGGCGGCCAUUAUCGUUUACGGUCUUGUCCUAUACAGCAACAGAGGCGGCGCCAAGGACCUAUCGUCUAUUCCCACUAUCACAAUGAACGGGUUGGCGCUUCUAGCUGUUGCUGCUGGUAUAAUCAUGAUCGUGGCUUCCUCUAUUGCCAUAAACGAACUACGAUCUAUGAAGAAGGAGAUUGCAAAGGGAAUGUCCAGCUACGGUGUGAAGAUGAUCUUGGGAGAUGUUUUCCAGGCUCUCUUAUGGUGCACGUUCGCCUUCUCCGUGCUCACGAUGCUUCUGUGGGCCUUGCCUUUAUGGUGCUCAAACCCUACGGAUGAUGGCUACAAUUCUGACGACGAGAUCACAUACCACUAUAGAGACGAUCCAAACGAUAACGACGGCGCCUACGUCGUCAAGCCAUAUCAGGUCUCGAGACAGCUCAAGCGUAACAAGACGAAGAAGUCUAUUUCUCGACUCUUCGAUGAUGCAGCAAACUUUGAAAAUGACCAUGACCAUCCUCCUAGAUCCACCUCAGUGGAAAGCACUAGCUACCACGACAACGGACCAUUUGCAUCGCCCGAUGACUACGAGGUCCGCGAACAGACAUUUGAACCCGAAAGGGCUGAGCUGAGCAGCCAUGUCCACACUGAAACUGAGCUUCGAAAGCUAGGUGCUACAAUCACCCGCAAGUUUUCUGGCAGACGCAAGGACAGCUCAAAGUCUAAAAAAACGCCUCACCGGAACUGGAUUCCGGAGAAGUCAACCACACAUGAUCUUCUUUACGGAGAGAAUCACUUUUCGAACCACCAGUAUCCACAAACGCUACCUGGUGUUGCUGAAGGUGGGUCAUUGUCUCGGGCAUCGACUCUCAACAAAUUGAACACACCUAACCACUCUAGAAGUAACACAGGCGGAGGCCUCCAAUCUCAGCCUCACCAAAACAUGUUGAUCCCAGAUGCUAACAACAGCUAUGAACGAUCAGUCGACAACAUCUCUGUUCUAGAUGAGCAGGAGAUGCAGUUGCUCGAUAACAAUCAAUUUAUAAACAAAAUCGUUUAG